AUGUUUCCCACCCUCGCUCUGCGAAACUUCGCCUGCCGCAUCACUCUGUUCACACGAUCAAACUGCAAACUAUGUUCAGAUGCGAAGGAAAUUUUGUCGAAUGUAUGGGACAAGCGACCCUUCGAGUACGAUGAGAUCAACGUGAUGGACCACUCUGAUCAGAAAUGGAAGAACAUGUAUGAGUUUGAUACUCCUGUGAUACACGUAGACAAGGCAAAGGAGGCCAGCCAAUUCGGCACCACCCACGAGGCCAAAAAACUGAUGCACAGAUUCAAGGAGCACGAGGUCGAGAAAUUGAUGGACGAAGCCAUGAUGGAUUCACCUUCUUCUUCCUCGACUUCGGCUUGA